GUGCCCAGCAGCAGGGACAGGCUUUAGGGAGCUUUGGUAAAUAUAGCCUGAUGAAAUCUAUGCUCUGCUGAACCAGAAAAAAUUUAUCAGCUGCAGGCCUCAUCCUGUAAGACACUUCCUCUAACAAAUGGCUAGUUUCUCCCCAGUGAUCAACCCCAGUUCUGCUGCUGCAUCAUUUGACAGGGUUCCAUAAUAUGCCGCAUAUAUACUGCAGUAAAGGUAAUCAUAUUAUGACCAAUACUUAAACUUCCAAUUAGCCUCAUACCUAGAUCCCAGGACAACACUCCACCUUUAAGACCAGUUAACUAGUGACGAUAGUCAUCAGUGUACUCUGCACUUUUUCCUUCCUAAACCUACACAGUACACUGUGGAACUACGUUAGUUCUGCACCUGACUGUAUGGCAAACUUUUCUUCUAACUCAGGCAAAUGAGAAGGGGAAUUGUCUUUCCCUUACUCUUGAUUCCUCAUUUUAGUGUCCUAGAAGUUCCUCAGGGUCAGGAAAUUAUUGGAAAAUGUAAUAAUUUCCACUGCCCCCCUCCCUUUUGGAGCCAGCUAGUCUUACCCCAUCCUCGAUGACAGAGAUGACUUACCAACUCUUGGAAAUUUCCCAAAAGAAAUAAAGCCUCACUUUCUAUUCACUCUGCUUUUUUCCCCUCUUUCCAUGAAGACUGGAUUAUCUCAACUCUGUACUUCUCUGACUCUCCAGUUUUCUCCAGGGUCAUUCAUUACACCACGCAAACAAGGCAGGGGAUGCGGACGGGAUAGACAGGGUCAGUCUUCAAACACAUUCAUUCCAAAUACGAUCGUGUCCUUUCCUUUUCUAAGAGCAGGCAGGGAAAAGUUGAAGGAUAAGGAAUGGGCUUAGAGUAUGAAAACUAGAGAAAGUCGGAAAAAGAACAUAUGCAUAUCCCAGACCAAAUUCUGACAAAUUGUCCGAAUGAGCAGAGGGAAAUCCUGACGCUCCACAACCCCUCAACUUCACAACUUGGGCUUUCUCCAAAACCCAGAAAUUGGCGGUGCGGCUCUGCAUGACAUCAUACCACAGGCACUCCAAUCCCACGUGGGGGAGCUCUUGGUCCCGCCUCUCCUGAAAUGGUGCACCACGCCUCCUCUUCUUUAUUACCAAUCGAAUGCCGCUUUUGAGCCUCUUUCUUCCUUUUCCCGCCAUCCCAGACCUCCCAUCUUGUCCUUCGGACCCAAUCAGGGAGGCCCUACCUAUCAGAAACCCUCUCGCUUCCCCGCGGAAGAGAGGAGGAGUUUCAACCUUUUAACUCCACCUUGGUCUGUGCAGCACAGACCAACCCAAAUCGCCAGAAAGGAGGGGCGUGGCUUGAAGUCCCCUCCUCCCUCCCGGGGAUCACGUUUUGCCGGGGGGAGCUGGUCGCAAGACUGGGAUACCUCCAGCCGGUCCCCGGGUCGGGCGGAUCCUCCCAGAGGUGACACAAUGGAGCGGUCUCCAGGAGAGGGCCCCAGACCCAGCCCCUUGGACCAGCCCUCUGCUCCCUCCGACCCCACUGACCAGCCCCCCGCUGCUCACGCAAAGCCAGACCCAGGUUCCGGGGGCCAACCUGCUGGCCCUGGCGCGGCGGGUGAGGCCCUGGCGGUGCUGACUUCAUUCGGAAGGCGGCUGCUGGUGCUGAUACCGGUGUACCUGGCCGGGGCAGUGGGACUCAGCGUGGGUUUCGUGCUCUUCGGCCUCGCCCUCUACCUGGGCUGGCGCCGGGUCCGCGACGAGAAAGAACGGAGCCUUCGAGCAGCGAGGCAGCUACUGGACGACGAGGAGCAGCUCACGGCGAAAACUCUUUAUAUGAGUCAUCGAGAGCUACCUGCCUGGGUCAGCUUCCCAGACGUGGAAAAGGCUGAAUGGCUCAAUAAGAUUGUGGCCCAGGUCUGGCCCUUCCUGGGCCAGUACAUGGAGAAGCUUCUGGCUGAAACUGUGGCCCCGGCUGUUCGGGGAUCUAAUCCCCAUCUGCAAACAUUUACAUUUACACGAGUGGAACUGGGUGAAAAGCCAUUGCGCAUCAUCGGAGUCAAGGUUCACCGUGGUCGGAGAAAAGAGCAGAUCCUGCUGGACUUGAACAUCAGCUAUGUAGGUGAUGUGCAGAUUGAUGUGGAAGUGAAGAAAUACUUCUGCAAAGCAGGAAUCAAGGGCAUGCAGCUACACGGGGUCUUACGGGUGAUUCUGGAGCCACUCAUUGGGGACCUUCCCAUCGUGGGGGCUGUGUCGAUGUUCUUCAUCCGACGCCCGACCCUAGACAUCAACUGGACAGGGAUGACCAACCUGCUGGAUAUCCCAGGACUUAGCUCCCUCUCUGACACCAUGAUCAUGGACUCCAUCGCAGCCUUCCUCGUGUUGCCCAACCGAUUGCUGGUGCCCCUUGUGCCUGACCUUCAAGAUGUGGCUCAGCUACGUUCCCCUCUGCCCAGGGGCAUUAUUCGAAUUCACCUGCUGGCUGCUCGAGGGCUGAGUUCCAAGGACAAAUAUGUGAAGGGCCUGAUUGAGGGCAAGUCAGACCCCUAUGCGCUUGUGCGUUUAGGUACCCAGACAUUCUGCAGUCGUGUCAUCGAUGAAGAACUCAACCCCCAGUGGAGAGAGACUUACGAGGUGAUGGUACACGAGGUACCAGGGCAGGAGAUUGAAGUGGAGGUGUUCGACAAGGAUCCAGAUAAAGAUGACUUUCUGGGCAGAAUGAAGCUGGAUGUAGGGAAGGUGUUACAGGCUGGCGUCCUGGAUGAUUGGUUCCCUCUACAAGGUGGGCAAGGCCAAGUUCACUUGAGGCUAGAAUGGCUGUCGCUUUUGUCAGAUGCAGAGAAACUGGAGCAGGUUCUACAGUGGAAUCGGGGAGUCUCCUCUCGACCAGAGCCCCCAUCAGCUGCCAUCUUAGUUGUCUACCUGGAUCGGGGCCAGGAUCUUCCUCUGAAGAAGGGGAAUAAGGAACCCAACCCCAUGGUACAACUGUCAAUUCAGGAUGUGACUCAGGAGAGCAAGGCUGUCUACAGCAGCAACUGCCCAGUGUGGGAGGAAGCGUUCCGGUUCUUCUUACAAGACCCUCAAAGCCAGGAGCUCGAUGUGCAGGUGAAGGAUGACUCCAGGGCCCUGACUUUAGGAGCACUGACCCUGCCUCUGGCCCGCCUGCUGACUGCCCCAGAACUCACCUUGGACCAGUGGUUCCAGCUCAGCAGCUCUGGCCCAAACUCCAGACUCUACAUGAAACUAGUCAUGAGGAUCCUGUACUUGGAUUCAUCAGAAGUAAGCUUCCCCACUGUGCCCGGCAGUCCUGAUGCUUGGGAUGAGGACAAUGAGAGUCCCCAGAGAGGCAGCAGUGUGGAUGCCCCACCUCGACCCUGUCACACUACUCCUGAUAGCCAGUUUGGGACUGAGCAUGUGCUUCGGAUCCAUGUAUUAGAGGCCCAGGACCUGAUUGCCAAAGACCGUUUCCUGGGGGGACUGGUGAAGGGCAAGUCAGACCCUUAUGUCAAACUAAAGCUGGCAGGACGAAGCUUCCGGAGCCAUGUUGUUCGGGAAGAUCUCAAUCCCCGCUGGAAUGAGGUUUUUGAGGUGAUUGUCACAUCAAUUCCAGGCCAAGAGCUAGACAUUGAAGUCUUUGACAAGGACUUGGACAAGGAUGAUUUUCUGGGCAGGUGUAGAGUGAGUCUCACCACAGUCUUAAACAGUGGCUUCCUUGAUGAGUGGCUGACUCUGGAGGAUGUCCCAUCUGGCCGCCUGCACUUGCGCCUGGAGCGUCUCACCCCCCGUCCCACUGCUGCUGAGUUAGAGGAGGUGCUGCAAGUGAAUAGUUUGAUCCAGACUCAGAAGAGUGCGGAGCUGGCUGCAGCCCUGCUGUCCGUCUAUAUGGAGCGGGCAGAGGACCUGCCGCUGCGAAAAGGCACCAAGCCCCCCAGCCCUUAUGCUACUCUCACGGUGGGAGAUACUACUCAUAAAACCAAGACCAUUUCACAAACUUCAGCCCCUGUCUGGGAUGAGAGCGCCUCCUUUCUCAUCAGGAAACCACACACUGAGAGCCUGGAGUUGCAGGUUCGGGGUGAGGGCACUGGCGCGCUGGGCUCAUUAUCCCUGCCCCUCUCAGAGCUCCUCGUGGCUGACCAGCUCUGCUUGGACCGCUGGUUUACACUCAGCAGUGGUCAGGGGCAGGUGCUACUGAGAGCACAGCUAGGGAUCCUGGUAUCCCAGCACUCGGGAGUGGAAGCUCAUAGCCACAGCUAUAGCCACAGCUCCUCAUCACUGAGUGAAGAACCAGAGCUCUGGGGGGGACCCCCUCACAUCACCUCCUCAGCCCCAGAGCUCCGGCAGCGCCUAACGCAUGUUGACAGUCCCCUUGAGCCUCCAGCCGGGCCUCUGGGCCAGGUGAAACUGACUGUGUGGUACUACAGUGAAGAACGAAAGCUGGUCAGCAUUGUUCACGGUUGCCGGGCCCUUCGACAGAAUGGACGGGAUCCUCCUGAUCCCUAUGUGUCACUGUUGCUGCUGCCAGACAAGAACCGAGGCACCAAGAGGAAGACCUCACAGAAGAAGAGGACCCUGAAUCCUGAAUUUAAUGAACGGUUUGAGUGGGAACUGCCCCUGGAUGAGGCCCUGAGACGAAAGCUGGAUGUCUCUGUCAAGUCUAAUUCCUCCUUUAUGUCAAGAGAGCGUGAGCUGCUGGGGAAGGUGCAGUUGGACCUAGCUGAGAUAGAUCUUUCCCAGGGUGUGGCCCAGUGGUAUGACCUAAUGGAUGACAAGGACAAGGGCAGCUCCUAGGAGCCGGCCAUCCCAGCCUGCCUCUGCUCUGUCUUCCUGCCUUUGUCUCACUGCAUCACCACCUCAAUGUGAUGAGCCUAAAGCCAGGGUCCAAGGGCAGAGCCUUUGCCCUUCAGCCCUUUCACCUUUCACGCCCAUAUUCGGGCCUUUGUCUGACCAAAGAGAAGAACUGUAUGUUCCAUUUAUUGCACGGCCUUUAUCCUUCUGGGCCCUGGGGUGGGGCCUGAGCUGACUGUUUUCUGCUCUGCCUACAUAUUGUUCUCCCUUCCUCCCAACUCCUCAGGGCCUUCUGUAUCUGUGCCUGGCCACUGGCAGCACUAGCAGUGAUAUUAGCUUAUGCCAAAUACAGCUUUGGAAGGAUAUUUUUUUCUUUAACUAGAUGGUCACCUUCUUCCCUACCACAAAUGGGUGGAAAGGUAGACAGCUAACCUCUCCAGCUGUGAGCCUCUUGGACUACUUCCUGCAUGUAGCAAAUGGACAAUAGCUCAGGCCCCCAUGUCCAGUUCUGUCCCCACUUUCCUCAAGCCUGUCCUGAAAAUUCUACUCCUCUGAUGACUGGGGCCAGUCUCUUGAUUCACUCUGGGAACUGGGGACACUUGGAUUCUACCCAAGCCUCCACGUAGUGGGAUAUCAGUCUUGGAGCUCCUAGCUGGUGAUAUGCAGAGGGCCUUGGAGGACUUGGGACAGCAGGGCCAAUUUUUUUGCCCAAGUGCCUAGGCUGUUAAUUCACUGACUAGAACUGAAUCUGGUAUUCUUUAGUUUUGCACCAACUCUGCCAAGCCACUGCAUCUUAUAUUAAACAUCAUACUCAAACCA